AUGUUUCUGAAUGUAAUCUUGGUAGUCAUAUGGUUUUCGUCAAGUAUUACAGCCGUUCCUAUCAACAGGGAGACCUUUGGUCUAAAAUGUGAGCGGGAAGUAUCAUCAAAGGGAGAUAAUUACUAUGUGUUAAUGGUAUUUAACAGUAAGAUCGACAUGCCAUGCCCGCCUGGCACCUCGUACAAUAAAAAUCUAUGUGAUUGCGAUCACGCUUCAGCCGCCUGUCCAUACAAAGCUGAUGGACAUGGUUUUAUAGAGAACGUUCCUGGAUUCGGUGAUAUCUACAGUGAAUGUGGAAGUGGACUGGUCUUCAGCGCGUCCAGCUGUGGUUGUAUCAAAAAGGGUAAAAUGACAGGAGCAUCAACAAUUCCCACCACAAAAUUCGUUUGCCCAUAUAAGAGACAGGGAACGGGAUAUGUAGAGGACAUCCCAGGUUUAGGACAAGUAUGGAACAGCUGUGGAAAUGAUCAACUUUUCAUGAAUGCUGCUUGUCAGUGUGUUUCGAAAGAAUACGUCACAGAAACCGACCCUACAACUAAAGGUUGUAAUAACCGUAUAAAAGAGGCCAACGGUUACAAAGAAUAUAAUGACGUCAUCAUGGAUUGGGUGUUUUAUGAAUGUUCCCCAUCAUGGGUGUUUAGACUUAGCCAUUGUGAUUGUGUUGAUCCAGGGACAAACCCAAUUCCUCCGCCCGGACCACCCAAAGAUUGCACAAAUUUUGAGGUGAAAGGAACGGGAUACAUUGAACACAUUGAAAAUGUUGGAGCCGUUUAUAACAACUGCCCUCCAAACCAGAUUUUUAGCCUUAGAAAAUGCGACUGUACAGGUUCUGGAGGCACAGGUAAUACGGGAGGAAGCAAUAGCAUAAUCCGGAUUACAGAUACCAACAAAGUUGAUUGUGAGUUCGAGGCACAGGGAAGUGGAUAUACGGAAUACGUUCCGAAGGUUGGGAAAGUAUUCUAUACAUGUCUCAAUAACCACAGAUUUGUUACUGGACUCUGUCGGUGCCUCGAUCAAGAUAUCACGAUCAUUGACGAAACAACCAGCAAUGACCGUCCGAAGUCUACCGCACACACGCCUACAGCGGUCACGGGAACGGAUACUUCGGUAACUUAUGAAAGUGUUUCUAGCACAUCAACCACUGAUGGAUUGCAAUGUAAAGAUCGAAUGAAAUCAGGAAGAGGAUAUCUUGAAUACUUUGAAUCUUUGAACGACUGGGUUUUCUUUGAAUGUUCUUCUACACAAGAAUUCAGCAUCGCGGAAUGUGACUGUGUUCCAAACGGUGGAGCUCCUAAUACCAAAAACCCUAAUGCAGACUGUCAAUUCGAAGCAAGAGGAAAUGGAUUUAUAGAAAACAUACCUGGCAUAGGAGCUGUUUAUAGUGAUUGCCCGUCCACACAAGUCUUUUAUGCAUCACUGUGUGCAUGUGGAGCUCCUGGAUCUGGUAAAAACUAUGAUGUCGUCACCAUAACAGACCAAAACCGAGUGCAAAAUUGUGCAUUUGAAGCUAGAGGAAACGGAUUCGUGGAACAUGUCAUCGGCAUUGGUCUGGUUUAUCACGACUGUUCCGGAACUGACCGGUUUAUUUCCGCUCUAUGCAAGUGUAUUGAUAAAGAUACUGUAAUUAUUGACAAGUCCACACCACUAAAGACAACACCUCAGCCAACGACAGUAACAAAUGAAGCAACAUCCAUGCCAUCUACCACAGCAGAAACACCGCCAACUGCGACCGUACUUACGGUAACCAAUGAAGAAAAAUCUACCACACCUACCACCAUCACCACAGAGACACCGUCGACUACGACAGCGCCGGCGGUGACUAACAAAGAUUGCAUUUACGAACUAGUACCUGGUCAGAAGCGGGAGUUUAGGACACAAAUGACAUGGAUGCCAGGCCAAUAUAUGUAUUUCUCGUGUAACAUAGGACAAGAAUUUGACAUUACUGCAUGUAGCUGUAUAGAUGAAAAAGUUACAACCACACAACUGACUAUCAACACAGAUUGUCCUUUUCUUCCAUCUGCUAUUGGUGACAACUAUUUUCGCUUCUUGCUUUUUGGGAUUGGAUGGGUUGAAUUCAGCUGUGCAAUAGGUCAAAAAUUUGACUACAAUCGCUGCAUAUGCAUAGCAAGGCCAUAG